AUGUCGAAACAAACUCUACUUGUUCUUCCUCCUGAAAUAUUGGUUCAAAUAUUAGAGUACUUACUGGAUCGACAUAUCCGAACGAGCGGGACCAUCCUCCUCACUCAAGAACAUUCUUUUGGAUUUGUUGAAUAUUGUCCGGAAACGAAAUUACAUGAACUCGUGAAACAAAUGAAUAUCGUGAUGAGUAUUCAUCCAUUAUUUUCAAUGAUCAUAAGAAGAACAGCAACUACUCGAUCAUCCGAAUAUCAGAAUACAGACUCGUCCUUGAUUACAGAAUAUUUCAAUGAUCUUUGGUGGAGAAUUUUUCUGAAGAAGUGUUCCACACUUGAAAAAAGAAAUGUCAAUGAAAUGAAAUUGCUACAAGAACAAGUGUUAAAGAAGGGAAUGAAAAGAUGUUUGAGCUUGUUUUUGAAAGUGAAAAGGUCAUUAAUGAAAGUAAAAGAAGGGAAAAUUGAUUUGAAUCGUUCAGCAGAAUUUAAGAUUGUGGUGUUUGGAGCAGGUGGUGUUGGAAAAUCAGCACUUGUCAUUCAAUUUAUUAUGGGACAAUUUAUUGGCGAAUAUGACCCAACUAUUGAAGACAGCUAUCGAAAACAAAUUGAGGUUGAUGGAGAAAUGGCCUUGUUAGACAUUCUAGACACUGCAGGCCCGGAAGACUAUUAUGCAUUAAGACGUUCUUAUAUACGUUGUGCAGACUGUUUUAUUUUUGUGUGUGCUGUUGAUGACCCACGCACUGUGCAUGAGUUUGAUUAUUUAAUUGAAAGCUCAGAAAGAGAAAAAGAGUCAUGUGACAUUCCUUGCAUUUUUGCAAUCAACAAAAUUGAUCUUGUUCGUGAAAAUUUAAUUGAGGAUGUAAGCAACAUUGUGACCGAAGAUAUGGUUGGCAACGUGAUCAAAAAGCACAAAUUAACCAAUUACUCAAUUUUUGAAUCAAGUGGAAAACGAGCAAUUAAUUCAACCGCUAUAUUUGAAGAAAUUGUUCGAAGAAAACGAAUGGGAGACAUUCAUUGCACACAAUUAAUGAGUGAAAUUAUUGAACAUGACGUAAAUGUGUUCGAAGCUCGUAAUGUUAGAGAAAAGAAAAAGUGUCUGUUCAUGUAA